AUGAAAUACAUCAUCGCCAUCGUCGCCCUCGCGGCCGUCGCCUGCGCCCAGCAGCAGCCACCAGUUGCCAUCCUCCGCCAGACCAACGACAUCUACCCCGAUGGCUCCUACGCCUACAGCUACGAGACCGAGAACGGAAUCGCCCACCAGGAGCAGGGAGUAGCCAACAUCCCCGGCGAGACCGGCUACGUGCCAGCUGUCCAGGGCUCCUACGGUUACACCGCGCCCGACGGCACCCCAAUCGUCAUCACCUACGUCGCUGACCAAAACGGAUUCCAGCCACAAGGCGAACAUCUGCCCAAGCCCCACCCAAUCCCAGAAGCCAUCGCCAGGUCGAUCGAGUACAACCUCGCCAAUGCCCGCGCUCAGCUAAGAAGGAAGUGA